GCUUUGCCAGUCAUAUUAGUUAUGCCGUACAUUUUGUAAACUAGUGCUACCAAAUCAAACAUUUUUCUAUCGCACUGGUGUGAGCAAAAUGCUUGUGAUAUCAGUCAAAACUAGGUAUUUCCUAUGUGUAUUUCUGAUAACGACCAUUGGACGUACUGUAGAAGAUAAACUACCUAAUAUUGUGUUCAUGCUGGUUGAUGACCUUGGAUGGUUUGAUGUAUCAUAUCACGGGGCUAAAAUCAACACAGAUAACAUUGACAGCCUCUCUAAAGAAGGGAUAAUACUCGAUAACUAUUAUGUACAACCAAUUUGUACUCCAACCCGAUCUGCUCUGAUGUCAGGCCGAUAUCCAAUACACACUGGGCUACAACAUGGCAUCAUAUAUCCACCUUCACCAUCAGGGUUGCCACUACACUUUAAGAUUUUACCAGAAAAACUAAAAGAAGUAGGAUAUGCAACACAUAUGGUAGGCAAGUGGCAUCUUGGCUUCUACAAGUGGGACUAUACCCCAACGUUUCGUGGUUUUGAUUCUUUUCUUGGAUUCUAUUGUGGUGCUGAGCAUUUUUACACACAUCAGAUACUGGGUUACCUGGAUUUUAGGGAUGGCAGGAGAAUAUUAAAGGAAGAAAAUGGUACUUACGCUACCGAUGUUUACACCAAGCGUACACAGGAAAUAAUAAGGUCCCAUGAUCAUUCAAAGCCACUGUUCUUGUAUCUUCCAUUUCAAAAUGUCCACGAUCCCUUGGAAGCACCAUCAGAGUACAUUGAAAAGUAUAGCUUUAUUACUGAUAAAACCCGCCAGAUUCAUGCUGCUAAGAUAGACUAUACAGACAAGGCAAUAGGUAACAUCACUAGAACACUGAAAGAAACUGGUCUUUGGGAGAACACACUACUGAUAUUCAGUACUGACAAUGGUGGUAUCCAUCUAUAUGGUGGAUACAACUGGCCUUUAAGGGGGGAGAAAACCACGCUGUGGGAGGGAGGAGUGAGGGGAGUUGCCUUUGUUAGUGGUGGACUGGUUCCUAGGAAAGGUGUUGUCUGUAAAGAAUUACUGCAUGUGACUGACUGGUACCCAACAUUAACUCAUUUAGCAGGAUGUUCAGACAAGAAUGAUGCCAUUGAUGGAGUUGAUGUAUGGAAGACUAUUGCAUAUGAUCAGCCAUCACCAAGAACUGAAAUCCUUCAUAACAUUGACUUACCUAACAAUGCUACUAGUGCACCUGGCUAUGAAGGAAUAGCUGUUAGGAUGGGAGACAUGAAGCUGAUGUUAAAUGUACCAAACUCUACCUGGUACAUACCACCAGAAAUGAAGGAUGACACUACAUGUUGCAAGACUGAUGGAACUACUACUGUUAUCACAGAAGCUUUAUACAACAUUACAGCUGAUCCAACAGAAAGAACUGACCUCAGUAGCAAAUAUCCUGAUCUCGUACAUAAGAUGAAAGAUCGGGUUCAAUAUUACAUGAAAGGUCUAGUACCACCUAUCAUGAAACCUAAUGACCCUACGGCAUAUGAAACGGCAAAGAAGAACGGAGCUUGGUCUCCUUGGGAAGAGUGAUAGAACAAUUGGACUUUUACGUAAUGUUUAUAAUAAAUGAGCAGGAGUGUUUUAUCAGGUAUAAAACACGAGGCGUAGCCAAGUGGUUUUAGUCCCAAUAAAAUACGGUCUGUGAGUUUAUUGAAUAGCUUAGAAAGCUCAUGAUGUAUAUGUUCUCAUACUGUACAGAAUUCUUUAUGAAAUGAACCAAGUUAGAUAGAGAAAAUCCAAGUUAAAGUUUAUGCAAAUGAAGACGAAUCUAUAUCAGAUAUAAAACCUCCUUCAUGGUCAUGAUUUCUAUUGUGUUUCCUUCAUGAAUUAUUGAGUUUUUUUUACAAAGAUUCAUGGUUAGCUCUCAGUUGUUUUAAUUAUUUUACAGUGUAAAUAAGUGAUUACAAGAUACCAAUAAUUACAAGAUUAUAAGAUAGAAUUAUUAUCAGGAAAUAAAAAUAUGAUCAA